CCUGACGGGUGCGCGGCACGAGCCCCGAAGUCGCUCAGGAGCGGGCGAGCCAGUCCCUCAAAACGACUUCGUUCGAGGUUGGCGCCCGCCCUUUUCAGAGAGCACUACUUAGUGGGUAUUCCGUCCGGUGCCACUUUUCUGAGGCCGAAGGACCCCUAGUCAGUGUGUGAGACAUAGCCUGGGAACCACCUGGGGCUGAGAGAUGACCUUAAGUGGACAGAGAUUCUAGAACAGGAGAAAUAAAACAGCUAUCGUUUGGGGGCAAUGAGUUUAAAACCCUUUACCUACCCGUUUCCAGAGACGAGGUUUCUUCAUGCAGGACCCAAUGUGUAUAAAUUCAAAAUCAGAUAUGGGAAGAGUAUCAGAGGAGAAGAGAUAGAAAAUAAGGAAGUCAUCACCCAGGAGCUGGAGGAUUCUGUCCGCGUGGUCUUGGGAAACUUGGACAAUCUUCAGCCCUUUGCUACAGAACACUUCAUUAUAUUUCCCUAUAAAAGCAAAUGGGAGAGAGUUUCCCACCUGAAAUUCAAACAUGGGGAAAUUAUCUUGAUCCCCUACCCAUUUGUUUUUACUCUAUACGUGGAGAUGAAAUGGUUCCAUGAAAACCUGUCACCUGGGAAACCAAUAAGUGACAGUCCUCUUGGGUUGCUGGUGUUAAAAGUUGCCUUUGGCAGUUUAAAGAUGGGGAGUUUUCUUCACUGUGCCUUCAUGAGCUGUGAGCAACUCUGGAAAGGAGGAGUAACAGGCAUCUGCUUCCUCCUGAAGGUCCCAGCUGAGAAGACAGCAGUAGGAGCUGUGAUGAGGAAACGAAAACACAUGGACGAGCCCAGCUCCCCCAGCAGGCCAGGGCUGGACGGGGCCAAGAUAGGGACUUCCAGCCAAGGACCCAGCAAAAAGAAGCCCCCUGUGGAAACCAGGAGAAAUAGGGAAAGAAAAACCCAACAAGGAUUGCAGGAGACUCUGGCCUCUGAUAUCACUGAUGUCCAGAAACAAGAUUCUGAGUGGGGGCACAGCCUGCCAGGGCGAAUUGUCCCACCCCUGCAGCACAACUCACCUCCACCUAAGGAGCAAGCAGCCAGCGGCUUCAUUGGGUUUCUAAGCUCUCUCUUCCCAUUUCGAUAUUUCUUCAGGAAGAGCAGCCAUUCUUGAGCCUUCCAAAUGCAGCGCUGGAAAGAGGAUCAUCUCUUUCUUGCAGUGACUCCUCCCAAGCCAUUCUUCCUCCAACUCUAUCCUUUUCUUAUGACACUUCAGUCGCAGGGAAUGAGGUCCCCAUGCUGAGUCCUCUGUGGUUUUAUCCUGUCCUUUGCCCCUUUAUAAUAGAUUAUUUUUCCCCAAUUUAAAACAUUAAGAAUGGAACUUUCUAAAAUGUUCAUGUCCUGAGGGCCAGUUUAGGCCUUUUGUCUUCGGCACUUAGGAUCCUAAUGACAAUAAAUUAUUUAUGAAGAGUUA